AUGAGUUUCAAUGGAUCAUUCAAUAAACAUUACAUUCCAGUGUAUCCGCCACAUAUAAAAAAAGAAGGGGGAAAUAAAAAAAUAAAAAGAAAAAAUGGAACGAAUGAAAUUCAAAAAUCACAAUUAGUUUUGAGAGAUUUUUUAAAUUAUAUUACAAGUGAACAAGCUAUUUUUAUAGGAUUAUUAUCUUUAGAAGCAAAAGUUAUUAUUGGAAAACCAUUAAAAAGGAGUUCAGUUACUCGACAAUAUUUAAGAGUAAUAAGUAUUGAAUUUGAUGAUGGAAGGGUUAUAGAAUGUGAAAAUGAAGUUGAAGCAAAAUGUAUAGAAAAAAAGAAAAAUGACAUUAAAAAUGGAGUAAGUGAAAAAACAGCAAUAAGAAGAUUUAAAACAAAUAAAAGAACUGAAUCAACAAAUAUAUUAAUUAGUUUUUUAAAAAAAAUGGGAUAUAAUUUUCAGUCUCGAUUAACAGAAGGAAAGAAAGAUACAUCUAAAUUAGAAACCGUAUAUAAAAUAUGUAAAAAUAAUAUAGAAUUAAUGGAUUCAAAUCAAAUUGAUCAAAUUGGUGAACAAAUUAAUAAAUUUUUAUUCAAUUUAGUAUCUAGUGUAGUUGAUCCUGUAGUUAUAUCAAAUAAUGAACAAAUUAAAAAGCUUUUACUCCCUGUAAUUAAAAAAGAUUGA